AUGGAUCCUAAAGGUUCAAUUGAUGAUAAGUGUGACAAUAGACUCUACAUUGGCAAUCUUGAUCUGAAAAUUACAGAAGCUGCUCUACUCAAAAUGUUUUCUCCAUACGGAAAGAUUGUGUCCGAGGACUUCCUGUGGCACACUCAAGGCUCAAAACGCGGGGAACCACGCGGUUUUGCUUUUAUUCAGUAUAGCGCAAAAGAGGAAGCAAUAUUAGCCACGGAGAAAAUGCACGGGAGGUUAGCUUGUGGCCGGCCAUUGGUUGUCCGCCUAGCAAGUGAGAGGUAUGCUCUGGAAGUAGCAGAUAGCUCUAUGAAAGCAGUCGAUGAAGGGCACAAGUUGCAUCUCACUGGUGGUGGCAUGGGACAGACAAGUCGAGGUGCGAAAAUAGCUGCAAUAAAGAACAAGUUGAAGUCUUUAGAGGAAGAUAACUCUAGGAACAAGAAACAAAAGCAGAGUGAUAAUAUAUCUUGA